UGUUAUUUUCUGCAACAAGAUGGCUGUUGUUCCUGAGAGCAGAGUUCUGACUUUCAGCGUUUUUAAGUGGAGCUCGUACUCCUCUACAUAUUUACCUGAGAAUAUCCUGGUGGACAAACCUAAUGAUCAGUCUUCCAGGUGGUCUUCUGAGAGCAACUACCCUCCACAGUUUUUAAUCUUGAAAAUGGAAAGGCCGGCAAUUGUUCAGAGCAUCACCUUCGGCAAGUACGAGAAGACUCACGUCUGCAACCUGAAGAAGUUUAAAGUGUUUGGUGGGAUGAGUGAAGAGAACAUGACAGAGCUUUUGUCCAGUGGCCUUAAGAAUGACUACAACAAGGAAACGUUCACCUUAAAGCACAAGAUUGACGAGCAGAUGUUCCCCUGCAGAUUUGUCAAAAUAGUGCCUCUGAUGUCUUGGGGUCCUAGUUUUAACUUCAGCAUCUGGUACAUUGAGCUGCAUGGUAUUGAAGAUCCUGAUGUGGUGCAGCCCUGCCUUAACUGGUACAGCAAGUACAGAGAACAAGAAGCCAUCCGCCUUUGCCUCAAGCACUUCCGACAGCAUAACUACACAGAGGCCUUCGAGUCACUGCAGAAGAAGACUCGGAUAGCACUGGAACACCCCAUGCUCACCCACCUUCACGACCGGCUGGUGCUGCAUGGAGACUUCGAUGCCUGUGAGGAGCUGAUAGACAAAGCUGUGAGAGAGGGUUUGUUUAACCAGUAUAUCAGCCAGCAGGAAUACAAGCCCAGGUGGAGUCAAAUCAUCCCCAAAUGCAACAAAGGUACAAGCACCCAAGAAAUCAACCGAGACGACAUGAACGGUGACGGUGACGACAACAGGCCGGGCAUGAGGGGAGGACAUCAAAUGGUCAUUGACGUCCAGACUGAGACCGUGUACCUUUUUGGGGGCUGGGACGGCACACAAGACCUGGCUGACUUCUGGGCUUACAGCGUCCAGGAGAAUCAGUGGGCCUGCAUCUCCAGAGACACUGAGAAAGAGAGCGGCCCAAGUGCUCGUUCCUGCCACAAAAUGUGCAUUGACUCCCAGCGGCGCCAAAUCUACACACUGGGCCGGUAUCUGGACUCCAGCGUCCGGAACAGCAAGUCCCUGAAGAGUGAUUUCUACCGUUACGACAUCGACGCCAACACCUGGACGCUACUCAGCGAGGACACAUCAGCCGACGGAGGGCCGAAGUUGGUGUUUGACCACCAGAUGUGCAUGGACUCAGAGAAGCACAUGAUCUACACGUUCGGGGGUCGGAUCCUGACGUGUAACGGCAGCGUGGAGGACAGCCGGAUGUCAGAGCCUCAGUUCAGCGGGCUGUACGCCUACCACUGCCAGGCCGGGACAUGGAGCCUCCUGCGGGAAGAUUCAUGUAACGCCGGGCCAGAGGACGUUCAGUCCCGCAUUGGGCACUGCAUGCUUUUCCACACUAGAAACCGCUGUUUGUAUGUGUUCGGAGGUCAGAGGUCAAAGACGUACCUCAAUGAUUUCUUUAGCUAUGAUGUAGAUGGAGACCAUGUAGAGAUCAUAUCUGAUGGCACCAAGAAGGACUCAGGCAUGGUGCCAAUGACAGGUUUUACCCAGAGAGCCACCAUUGAUCCUGAGCUCAAUGAGAUCCACGUACUGUCGGGCCUCAGCAAGGACAAAGACAAACGUGAGGAGAAUGUCCGUAACUCCUUCUGGAUCUAUGACAUCGCCCGCAACAACUGGUCAUGUGUGUAUAAGAACGAUCAGGCAGUGAAAGAAAACCCAAGCAAGACCCUGCAGGAGGAGGAGCCAUGUCCACGCUUUGCACAUCAGCUGGUGUAUGAUGAGAUGCACAAGGUGCAUUACCUGUUCGGUGGAAACCCUGGGAAGUCUUGUUCUCCCAAGAUGCGCCUGGAUGACUUCUGGUCCCUCAAACUGUGUCGGCCCUCUAAGGAGUACCUACUCCGUCACUGCAGAUACCUCAUCAGAAAAUACAGGUUUGAGGAGAAAGCCCAGUCAGAGCCACUGAGUGCACUGAAGUACCUUCAGAACGAUCUUUCCCUCACUGUGGACCACACAGACCCUGAUGAGACCAAAGAGUUUCAGCUCCUCCCGUCAGCUCUCUUCAAGUCCAGCUCUGAUUUCAUCCCUCUUGGUUUCUCAGACGUUGACCAGACGUACGCUCAGCGGACGCAGCUCUUUGACACGCUCGUCAGCUUCUUCCCGGACAGUAUGACCCCGCCCAAGGGCAACCUGGUGGACCUCAUCACCCUCUAGCCCCUCUCAACUCUUAACACACUCCCCCUCCCUCACAUCACCUCACCCACUGGGACUGACUGAACGCCGCCCACGCACCUGAUGGGACAGAGGAGACGGAGCAGUUAUUUUUCUAUUCCUGAACCCUGCUGGUGGGAAUACGCAUCAUCUGAAACAGCUUCUCCUCCGUCACACUGACGUGCUGCUUGCCUGCUGUCACGGGAUGUGUUACCUGAUGGUGACAGUCAUAAAAACACACACACACACACCAACAUCACUGUAUUUACACAUGAGCAAAAUUACUCAACAGCCUGAAGAGUGUCUGUGUACUUGUUUAUCUAUCUUUGUGAAGACAAAUUUGAGGGUAGACAUUUUGGGAAAGUGAGGACAUUUUGGUUGGUCAACAAAGUGCAGUUUGAGUACUGUUUGAGGGUUAAAACUUUUCCAGCUUAGAAUCAGGCUUAGGUUAGGGUUAGGCAUUCAGUUCAGAUGGUUAAAGUCAGGGUAAAGGGCUAAGGAAUGCAUUAUUUCAGUGAGUGUCCUCACAAAGAUAUAAGAAUAAGUGUGUGUGUGUGUGUGUGUGUGUGUGUGAGAGAGAGAGAGAUAUUCCCUCCCCUUUUUCUUUGCUGAUAAAGAUUAAGCCCCACGUAAGCCUGCCAAACAUCACUUGUUUUUUUUUUCAUGACUUGAUUUUUCUUUCCAGAGAAGUUUAGGCCAAAAAAACAGAGGAUUUGCACGUUUGCAGUUUUUUUUUUUUUUUUUCAUUGAAUUUAGCUUUUUUUUUUUUCCUUAAGCGUUUAGAUGUGUUGCUUUGUACCCACCCAAACACCCACACAGUUGACCAAAAGGCGUCCUAUCUGCACGUUUGAGGCGAAACGGAUGAUGAUGAGACGACGCCAGCCCGGGCCAGUUGUAGUGAAAGUUAAGUUCAGAUUCACUCAGACCUGGACGGUGUGUGUGACCGUGGAACGGCUACAGGCCCUCCUCUUCCUUUUCCAAUAUUCUCAGCAUUUCUUCUACAAAAUUUUAGGCCACCUCAGCUUUUAUUUUGACGAUCGGUUCUCUUGCUUUUCUGAAACACUUGCCCCUAGUCAUGACAGAGAUGGCCGUCAACAUUAUUAGUAUUGUAGGAACAAUAGAGAUAAAGUUUAAUAUAUAUCUAAAUAUACAUUUAUAUUGGUUUUGGUUGUCACCCAUGUAAAUUUCUGUCCUGUGUCAUUCAUGGACUGAAGCUUAAUUCUCAGUGGUUAAGUGCUGUACAGAUUAUGUAAAUAUAAACAUAGGAUGCUUUUCAAAGAUAGUUGGAUUGAACAGAUCCUAUGCUGGAUCAUGCUCUUCCUUGUCCCUCUUUAUCAGAAAGUCAGGGUCCACAUACAGGAAUCUUUUUGGAUCUACGUGUAAUAAUCAUUAUUACUUAUUGGGAAGAAUUUAAAGUAACUGGUGUGAGUGUGUGAAUGAAGUGCUGGUGCCAGUAAUUCAGUUUGACAGCUACAGUGGGAAAAGGUGUUUGAGGGCUGUUCCUUCAGUUUGAUAAAGUGGGUGAAAUUUUUCCUUCUUCUCCUUCAAAUCCCAAAAAUCAAAUGCCACAUGUGUUACUUUUAUAGACUCAUUUUUUAAAUCUCUUUUCUGUUUUCAAUAAUCUGAAAUGGGCUCUAAGCAUUAAUCUGCUGUUUAACUUAAUCACUUGUUUGGUCUAUAAUAUGUGUCCCAGACAGCACAGUUUUCUAGAGCCCAAACUAAUGUCUUCAGAUCCAAAAACCCAAAGAGAUUCAGUUUGCACCAUUUUCAUAGUGAAAAGAAAUGUUUGUUUUUGCUGAAAAAAGAAUCAGAAGCAUAAUUUAUUAUCAAAAUAGUUACCAAUUCACUUUCUUUCAGGUGACAAUUUAAAUAAUCAACUUACUGUUUCAGCUCUAAUUAAAUAUAGUCCCUGUACCGUGAACCCCGUACCCCGCACCCUGUGCCCCGCGCCCUGUGCCCCGUGCCCCAUGCCCUGAGCCCUGUACACUGUACACAGUACCCUGUACCCUGAAUCCUAGAAUUUGGCUUUUCUCAGCAGGUCUUCAGCAGUUUGUACCCUGAUUUGGGCAUCCAUAUUCACACAAAUAUCAAACGCAUUUGAAGUUAAGUUUGGUUCUCACUUAACAGCUGUUUAUCUGUUAUUGUAUUGACUACAUAAAUAACUAGCUCCAAGCUAUUUAGCCCCACUGGAGAGAGUUCAUUGCUGUCACAUCCAUUUAAAAAUGGGAAAAAAGUCUGAUUCACAGAUGUCCAAUUUAUACUAUUUCUACAGGUUAAUCCACACCUUUCAGCCAAUCAGAACCAAGAAAUCUUAGUGGCCAUAUUAGAAGUUUAUGUGACACAUAUAGAGCUGGUUGCUGCUGUUUGAUUCACUCACUACAAGUUGAGCAGACGUACAAGUUUCAGUUGUUUACCCGUUUACCUGCUGUCACCAAAUCAUAGUUGGGUGUUGGAAUCCAUCCCUCAUUGGUGCGUACUGCUCACCCAGAGUCACACCCUUUAGGUUUGUAGUUUAUUAGUCUCCCAUGAGUCUCAGUCAAGACACUAACAGAUUGUCUCUCAGUGGAAGUCUCAUGGACAAAAAAAGCAGUGUUCACUAAUCAGGUGAAAGCAACAAAUGAUUGUCUUUCCCGGUCCCAACAAGUGGGAUGCAUCACAAACACGCUACUACAUGACCUGACACAUUACCUGUGUGUGAUGUUCAGGAUCAGCACUGUUUCUGUGUGCGAAGCCUGAGGAACACUGAGGACACAUGAAGAACAGCCACUAUCCCCAGUUUGUGCUGAGUCUUGUGUACGUAUUCUCUCCAAAUCACAGAUCCAGGCAUCUGUUUUUAAUGAAAGAUAAAUGACAGCACAAAAAAUAUAAAAUGAGAAAAGAAUGGAAAGAAGCAGUAUGUAUAAACACAAAAAUCUGAAUAUGAGCUCAGUGAUUUGGAUGUUAACGAUGACACACAACAAGGUGUGAACUGGGAGCGGGGUAAAAACUGAAACAUACCGUGACUUUAGCACUAGGAGCUAACAAUACUAACAGAGGCUAACGUUAGCCACCGUGCCCUGCUGCUCGUACCAGACCAAUUAAGUCUGUAGCAGCAAGCUUAGAGUUUGCUGCCUCUUUCGCAGAUGACUUGGUUUAACACUGAUUAGUGGUUUCUUCUUUUCAGCACACACACAGACCGCUGCGAAAAUCAGCUGACAAGCGGCAUGACAUGAAACACAAAAACAGGAAGUUCACUUGUAUGAAAUAUGUCACGAGUGUAAAAUCCUUUUUGUUAUAUGAUGCUAAAAUGAACUGAAGCAGUUGGGAGGUGGAAGGCAGGUGGACCCUGUCUGAGUUCAAUGAACUUUUGGUGAAGCGAACUGUGAUAUGAAAUGAUGUUUACUGUGACUGUGGGCAGUCUGCUGACCCCCAUCAUCACUGUAAAUAAUGCUGCUGGUGUGUUGACACUAGAGAUGAGUAGUUUCCAUCACUCCACAUUGAGCCUCAUGGUUUUGUUUUGUUUUUUUUAGGUAUGUUUGUUUCAGACAGUUUUAGCAUCAGAAUAAACGGACAGAAGUGACUUACUCCUCAAAACAGACAUACUUUAAUUCUCUCAGUUCAUCAGUGGUGGAGAAUAAAGCCUCUUUUUACAGUGGAGAUGUUGCUUGGUUAGUUUUCAGAUUGUAUGGUUGUUGUUGGCGUUGAAGGAGGGGACUGCAUGUGUGGACUUUUCUGCCCAUAUUCCAACUCCAAAGGAAACAGAUCUGUGGUUAUUUAAAAAAAACAAAAAAAAAAAAAAAAAAACAAGAGUAACAAAGCUUCUAUCUUAGAAAUUGAUAAGCCCAGUGAAGAAUCAUCACUCUCGCUGCAGUUUACUUCUGUUUUGUGCCAGAAGAUGACAAAUUAAAAAAAAAAAAAAAUCCUUGAAAAAAUUGAAAGCACCUUUUGCAAAAGACACAAUGCCAAAUACUAUUCUUUGUGCUGUUUUAAGGUAAAAGCUCUUCUACACAACAGAGUUUGCUAUUUGAAUUGUUUUGUAUAUUUCUCUUUUUUUCCCAUCUUGCCCUCCUCUCAAUCCCUGGGUGGGACUCAGGCUGGUUUUUUUUUUAAGGCUGGUACUCUCAGAUCAGUGAGCACUACUCUGUGGAUACAGUGAAUGUGUAGAAAGUCUUGUAGUAUUGCAUUGUAUGUAAUGUAUAUAAAUGAAUAAAGACUGUAUUUUGUUCAGGUU